AAGCGGAGCUCAGUUCAACUGCGGCAACUUGUGACGGUGGACGUGCGAAGCGGAAGAAGCAUCGAAAAGCAGAAAGUGAAGCGCGCAAACAACUUGUUAACAAAAUUGGUAUUUCGCUGUGCUCAGAGCAAAAUAAUUAAAGUGGAGUUUUGAAUUAUUUCGAAAAAAAGUGUGGAAAUCACGAAAAUCGGUCGCCAAAUAUUCGAGUGAAUUCACAGCAACAUUAAAAUAAAUUCUGUAAAUCAAAAAAGCGUUCUCCGCAAAAGGCUUUGCAUUUGAAUUUGGCGUGCAGUGGCAAAGCGUGUGAAACUUUGAACGACGCAAAGCGGCGGAAAGGCAAGUGCAACUGUCAUAGUUGUUGACUCCAAGAUUGGACUCCGUUGCAGCGCCUAUAAAAACAUAAUAACAACAAGAUAAAAAACAAAUCAAAUAAAAUAAAUUACUCAACAUCCAAGCGAGAAUCUGAAAAAACGAAAAACGGAAAGCAAAACAAACGCAAAAAGCCGUGUAAAUUAGGGUGUGCAUUCGAUAGUGAAUUCAAGUUGUGCGAAAACGCGAUCUUACAAACGUUCAUAUGAAAAUACUUGCACGCACAUAGUGCAGAGAAUACGCAGUGUAGCGCGUUGUUUUCUAUACUUUAUUCAAAGUAGAAUUUUUAUUAUUUCGCCCGAGAUAGUGCUACAAUUGCUUAGAACAGUCCGCUCUCGAAUAACUCUGGGGCCUUUGUACAACUUAUCAAUUCUAAACUGCAAAUGUUGCCGGAAUUGUGAGUCAACGAAAGACAAUCAACAAGCAAAAUGCAAAUGAAACGAUCCUUCAGCGCCAGCCAGCUUCGGGCGAUGCUGCGCAAAGACGGACUGGUGCGCCUGCGUCAACCGGUUAUGACGGUUAUACAGGUGGCUUGGCCUUGCAUGGUAUUCAUGCUGCUCUACCUCAUACGUCUCAAAUUCGGUCCCGAACACAUAGAAGACUGCCAAUUCCCUACACGACUGCUGCCCACCAAGAAUCAAGUGCUACCAAGUUUCUACUCGUACAUCUGUAGUUUGGAAAAUAAAUGCAUGAGCACAGAUCCCUACGAGGAGACGACCAGUUGGCAGAAUGCACCCAUGAAACCGAUUGUGGAUAUCGUGAAUAUUUUUGUCACUGACGAUCGCAUGUUCAACGCUGUCAUCGAUUUGCCGGAAAAGGCGAAUUUCAUAAAUGCCGUAACGGCUGUGGUCACGGGCGGCCAUUUCAACCAGAUACGACAGAGCGUCGGCAAUGUUAUCAAUCUGGUGCCCCAAGUGGAGGAUUUCCUAAAUGGCACUUUCGAUAUUAGGCGACUCUUUUCAGAUCGCCGAACGUUUGUUAAAGCCGGCUACUUAAUGUGUGGUCAUCCGUUCCCCAGCACCGAUACCAUACCCUUAGUUAAUGAUAUUCUCUAUGAUACGGAAGAUUUCAGCAAAAUAAAUGAUGAUGAAAUUAAUGUGAUGCCAACUAAAUAUUGCAAACAACUUUACUUGAAUAUUACAACAACCACCACCGGCAAGCUGACUUGGAAUGUGGUGAAACCCUUGAUACACGGCAAGAUUUUAUUCGCACCUGUUACUGAAGAUACUCUAUCGAUAAUGACGCAUGCCAACACGACGUUCGAGGAGUUGAGUCGUUUGAAACGACUCUCAGUAGCCGUCGCUGAUAUUGUUACCAAAUUGCGUGAAGACGGACCGUUUCAAAAGGGUUUCGAUAGCCUACUCAAGUUGGCCACCUCACAAACUGUACGCGCAUACAUUGGGGAUGAUAUAAAUGUCGACGAAAUUGUGGGAAUUGUCAAUCGUAUACGCACCGAUCCGCUCGUCUAUGAUAUUGUUAUGACAAUUAAGAAUAUACUGGAAUGCUUCUCCGUGGAUCGCUUUGUGCCGCUAGCAAACGCCAAGGAUUUACAACUCACAGCGUAUGAAUUGAACGAGAAGCGUCUAUUCUUCGCUGCGGCAUAUUUCAACAAGACCGACAACGAUGUAUCCUACAAACUGCAUAUGGACACCGAAAACACGCAACCGACCUUUGAGAACAAGAAUCGCUUCUGGUUUCCGGGUCCUUCGCGCAGCAUGAUACGUGACAUGAAAUACCAUCGUGGUUUCGUACAGAUAAAGAAUGCCAUCGAUAUGGGCAUCAUUAGACACCAGAAGUUGUUGCAUAAAAACGUCACUGAGGAAGCAUCGUUCGAGUUGAGCACAAACAGUCCCAUUUCAAUUGAAAUUGAUACAGGUAGUGGAUUUGGUGAGGACGAGGAUGAAGAUGAUGAUUGGUCGACACCGAAAAAAGAAAGUCUCGCACCGCAACACGACGAUAACGGUCCACCCAGUUCAAUGGAGACUAUAGUGAAUUUGGAUGAUUUGAAAGUGAACACACGCAGAAGACGUCAAGCACUGCUCGAUCUACUUAGCGUGUUCGGCGGUAACAACGCAGACACACUGAGCAAGUAUGGUGUGGACGGACUGCAAAUGUACACGAAGCAAUUCCCAUAUCCCGCCUAUACGCAUGAUGACAUGAAGACAGGUAUUUACUUGGCACAGGCCAUACAAGUAGCUUUCUUUUUGGGUCUGGUCGCGCAAAUAGCGAACUGUGUGCGUCACUUAAUCUGGAUGCGCGAAAGUCGUAAUACAAUGAUAAUGCGUUCCAUGGGUCUCAAACCGUGCUCGGAGCUUACUUCUUGGAUUAUCGUUACAUUUGUGGAGCUUGUUGUGAUUUUUGUGGGUGUAACAUUUAUCCUGUACAUUGGCGGUCUUCUGCAGUUCGUCUCCUUUAUAUUCGUGAUGUUCUUCUUGAUUGUAUUUGGCGGUUGUUUGAUCUCUUUUUGUUACAUGUGUUCAACUUUCUUCACGUCGGCCACAAUUGGUGCUGUGGCCACCGCAUUGCUCUUCUUUAUUUCCUACUGCCCCUACAUUAUUGUGCUGCUCUUCGAUUCGCAUCUCAACUCGUUCGAGAACUUCUGCAUCAAUUUGUCUUUCACAACGGCUUUCUCGCAUGGUUGGAGCCAUAUAAUGCGCAUGGAGCUACAAGAGUUCGGUUUGAGUUUUGUGCAAGUCUUCCAGGAAGGCAUGAGCGGCGAAUUCGGCUUCGCAUUCAUUAUGAUAAUUGUGGACGCGAUCAUUUAUGGCGUUAUCGGUUAUUUGGUUCGGCGUUUCAUGGAUGAUGAGUACCGUUUCAUAGAAGUGCAGCGCGAGGAUUUGGAUGCAAGUGUUGGUGCAACACUGACAAACGUGAGCAAAUUGUAUGGCGAGCAAGUAGCGGUGAGCGAUGUGAAUUUAUCACUGCUCAGGGAUAAGAUCACCUGUCUACUGGGACGUAAUGGCGCCGGAAAGAGCACAAUUAUCAAAAUGCUAACAGGUCAGGUGGUGCAAUCGACGGGUCGUGUUAUACUCUCACAAGCAAUGACAAGUGGUGAUGAGUUCGAUAAGGUGGGCGUAUGCUCUCAAGACAACAUUUUGAUACCGAAUCUAACAGCGCGCGAGCACUUGGAAUUAUAUGCGUCGAUCAAGCUAAAACACAACUACAACUCGGAGGUGGAUAAAACACUGAAAAGCUUGAAGUUUGGCAAAUAUGAAAACUAUCAGGCUUAUCAACUGUCGGGCGGUUAUCAACGCAGGCUUUGUGUCGCUUUGGCGUUCAUAGGUUCCCCAAACGUUGUAAUUCUGGACGAGCCUUGCAAUGGUGUCGACUCUAAGGCGCGCAAGGACAUCUGGGAGCUGAUACAACGCUUGAGAAAAGGACGCGCUGUGGUCUUCGCGACACACUUCCUGGACGAAGCGGAGUUUCUGAGUGAUGUAAUGGUGAUCAUGAAGAAUGGCAAAGUCAUAGUGAAACAUAGUCCUGAAACACUCAAGGAGUACUGCACAUCCGGCUUUGAAGUACUUUUCCAUUGCAGUGACAGCCAAACUAUAUCUGAAAUCCGCACCAUGGGUAAAGAUAUGCUUGACAGCUUUAAAGAACCCGAUUGGUUAGAUAGUGGUGAUAUUCGUUUACAAGUGCCUUACGACCAAUGCGGCUCCACCAAGUCAUUGAAUUACCUCGAUUACCUACAAAACUUACAGCACGGUGGACUUAUUGCAAACUUACGCGUUGAGAGUCGCAAUUUGGAGCAAAUUUUCACGGACUUACAUGAAGACAAGCAGAACACUAGCAAGGGUGUAAACACCAGGUUUAACAUGAAAUCGGUGGAGCUGAAAAACUCGACAGUGGCUAAUAUAGUGAAUAGCGGCUCGUUAGGUUUAUUUGCUGCCAUUGAAAAUUUACUGCGUAAACGCAUCAUACACUUCAGCAGGAAUUAUCGUAUACUCCUUUGCGUCAUCGUAUUGCCGGCGAUAUUCGAGCUGCUCGCCAUGUGGUUUGUCACAUAUCGCCUGGAAGACGACUAUGAUAAAACGAUUAGUUUCACGCGCGAACUUUAUCCGAAAACAACGCAAAUGUUCAGCAUGGAACUGAAUAAAACCCUAACAAAUUCCGCUUACGAAGGCUUGGCAGAGCAGUGCGCCGCUGAGAAUCCGUGCCGGGAGUUUACAAACUCCAGCACCGCAUUCUCUUGGAUCUUGCAGUCAAUGAAUGAUUAUCAUGAGAAACGUUAUGGCGGAUAUUCUUUCAACGACACGAAUGCCAUCGUUUGGUACAACAACAAAGGCUAUCAUGCUAUGAUGGCUUGGCUGAACGAUUUGAAUACGAGACUGCUGCAAGUGGAGAUGGACGACAGUAAUUUCAGCAUCACAAGCUUCAAUGAGCCUUGGAAACUUGGCGCCGCCGAGCUCAGUACGACUUCAGUUUUACGUCAAGCUGGUGAUUCCUCCAUGGUCUUCAUACUACUCAUCGCCUUUAGCUUGGUAGUGGCUGUGUCAUCUGUUUUUCUGGUAAAUGAACGUGUGAAAGGUGAGAAACUGCAACAAAAACUUUGUGGCGUUAACUUAGCCACCUACUGGGGCGUGGCGUUUGUUUGGGAUUUUCUGAUUAUGGUGCUCGCCAUAUUGGUCUGUGGCGCCAUCAUAUUCGCCUUCGGCUUGCCAGUUUUCGUGGCGCGUCAAAAUGUUUCCGGUAUAUUCGUGCUGGCACUGCUCUUUGCAUUCGCCUGUAUACCCGGUGUGCAUGUGUUUGAGAAAUGCUUCAACGACUCCAGCGUGGCGAUUGUGACCAUCUUCUGUAUGAACAUCAUCAUACCACUCUUUACCAUGGCCAACAUCAUACUGCUGGGCGUGGUCGGUGACUCAGAAGUCUGGGACAAUUGGCGUUAUUUCCUCAAUCGCGCAUUCCUCAUCUUUCCGCAACACGCUUUGGGUGAUGGUCUACUUGAGAUCUGUAAAAAUUAUAUGGUUUCACUCGUCUUCCAGCGUUACGACAUCGAUUCGUACAAACAUCCCAUUUCCAGUGAUUUGCUGCGUCCACACAUGCUGGCAUUAUUCAUAAUCGGCGUCUUCUUCAUUGUACUGAAUGCGCUGCUCGAGACCGGUCAGAUUUACCAAAUGCGCGAAGCGUUAGUCAAUCGCCUGCCGUUCUUCCAGAAAUAUGCGCAACGACAGGCGGAAGAAUUGAAAAUCGUGUCCAUACAAAACUCGCUCAAACGCGCCGAUAAGGAUGAUACACCACAAGUGCUCAAAGUGGACAACCUCUGCAAGUCGUACGACCGCGGUCAGUAUGUCGUGAAGAAUGUCACAUUCGCAGUGAAAGCGGGCGAAUGCUUCGGUUUGUUGGGCAAGAACGGCACUGGCAAAUCGACAAUAUUCAAAAUGCUCUCUGGCGAACUGCAGCCGAACGUGGGCGACAUCAAUUAUUUCAACGGCGAAAUCGCUUAUUGUCCGCAAACGAAUCCGUUAGACUCGCUGCUGACAGUGGAGGAAUGCAUCCGGUUCUAUGGAAAUCUGCGGCGCGUCGCUGCUAUGGACAAGCUAAUAGAACACAUACUGGAGUCGUUCCAACUGAAGUCGUACCGUCACGUGUUGGUUAAGAAUUUGAGUGGCGGCAAUCGGCGCAAGCUGACAGUGGCGCUCACCUGUUGCGGUCGCACCACCGUCGUGCUAAUGGAUGAGCCCACCAGUGACAUGGAUCCGGUUACACGCGCCAUUGUCUAUCGCACCAUACAUGAUCUACUCGCCACACAACGCGCUGUGGUGCUCACCUCGCACUCGGUGUCGGAAAUCGAUGGCAUUUGCCAUCGCAUUGCCGUGCUCAAGGAUGGUCAGAUACUGACCUGCAGCAGUCCGGAGAGUUUGAAUGAACAGUAUGGCGGCUACUAUAGCGUCGUGAUUUAUGGUGACAACCAAUUGAUCGAAUCGGUGGAGAAGGCUAUUCACAUGCGCCUGCCGCAGUGCGUGGACUUCCAGACUUAUCCGCAUUCCAUCAAGUUUAGUCUUAAAAUACAGAUGGUCAAGCCGCGUGAGCACGAUGUAGAGGCAAUGGUGCCCCCUCAAAGCAACAAAGUGCUCAGCUUGGCAGAUCUUUUCCGUGAAUUGAACACGCUUUCGAAUCAAUAUGAAAAUCGUCUGCAUUACACCGUCAACCAUUGUCGUCUGGAUGCAGUGUUCGAGCGCAUUUUGGAUUCCAGUGAGAAACCUUCUACCUUCGCCAAUGGUCUGAGCAAGUCGGGCUUGAUGGGCAGCCCCUCAACCGGUUACAUACACAAUGGCUACGUGGAAACGGAGACUGUCACAUGACCAUCCAGCGCGUCGUUGCUUCCACCGUCGCGAACAACUGUUCAAGGCUGUCGCGCUGCGCUAGUAUAGGCGAAGCUGGCCGGCAGCAACGAUCUUGAUUAACAGCGACAAGUCUUAGAGUCCAACUACAUAUUUACUUAAUUAAUCUAUGCGAUAUUUGCUUGUGAUAAGGUUUACUUUUACUCACGUAGGACUUUAUUUUAUUGUGUUUUCUGUGCUUUAUUUUUGUUUCCAUUUUCGAACUUGCAAAAGCCUCGUCUUUUUUUAUCGAAUUUAGGAUUUUUGGGUGGAUCUGCGUAAUUAUUGUAGUUUAGUUUUAGUGUACUCGUAGUUGCUAAGUGCAAAUUUCUGUGUUUUUAUGUCCGUGGAAGUGCUCUACCAAAUGUGUUUUAUCGAUAUGUAUGUUUGUUUCUCUGUCUUUGUUCUAUAAUUGUUUCUGUAAUUUAUUAGUCAAGCCG